AUGGCCUGCUGUUUAUCCGAAGAGGCGCGAGAGCAGAAGCGAAUAAAUCAAGAAAUCGAAAAACAGCUUCAACGUGACAAACGUAAUGCUCGACGAGAACUCAAACUGUUAUUAUUAGGGACGGGAGAAUCCGGAAAAUCGACAUUCAUCAAACAGAUGCGAAUUAUCCACGGUCAAGGAUACUCUGAUGAAGAUAAACGAGCGCACAUUCGACUCGUGUAUCAGAACGUGUUCAUGGCGAUACAGUCGAUGAUACGGGCGAUGGAUACGCUAGGCAUACAGUUUGGCGAUCAAUCAGAAGAAUUACAGGAAAAAGCAGCUGUGGUUCGAGCGGUGGAUUUUGAAUCGGUGACCUCAUUCGAAGAACCCUACGUGUCUUAUAUAAAAGAGCUGUGGGAAGAUUCUGGAAUUCAAGAAUGUUACGACAGGCGGAGAGAAUACCAACUCACCGACUCUGCCAAAUACUACCUUUCCGAUCUUCGGAGGUUAGCCGUGCCGGACUACCUGCCCACCGAACAAGAUAUCCUCCGUGUUCGUGUCCCGACUACUGGUAUUAUUGAGUAUCCUUUUGAUCUUGAGCAGAUCAUCUUCAGAAUGGUGGACGUUGGUGGACAAAGGUCAGAAAGGCGGAAGUGGAUUCAUUGCUUCGAAAACGUCACAUCGAUUAUGUUUCUUGUCGCACUAUCCGAAUACGAUCAGGUGUUGGUGGAAUGCGACAACGAGAAUCGAAUGGAAGAAUCAAAAGCGCUGUUCCGAACGAUCAUCACAUAUCCAUGGUUCACGAAUUCGUCGGUGAUCCUGUUCUUGAACAAGAAAGAUCUGUUAGAAGAGAAAAUUCUGUACUCACAUCUCACCGAUUACUUUCCUGAAUAUGAUGGACCACCUCGAGAUCCCAUCGCCGCUAGAGAAUUUAUUCUAAAGAUGUUUGUUGAUUUGAACCCCGAUGCCGAUAAAAUCAUUUAUUCACAUUUCACAUGCGCUACAGAUACGGAAAACAUUCGGUUCGUAUUCGCGGCGGUCAAAGACACGAUUCUACAGCAUAAUCUGAAAGAGUACAACCUGGUGUGA